CGGACUGCUUCCGGGGUCACUCGCGCGCAGGAUGCAGGCCACCCAGCACACAGCUGGGGAAUGACGCCCCUCCGCCUGCGCCCCGCGCUUUCAUCCUGGGUCUACUCCGCGUUCUUGGACGCGCGGCCGAGAGGACUCUCGGGAUCACGCCCGCUGUGCAGCGCCGGCAGCCCGCGUCGAGGCUGCAGCGGAGCCGCUCCCGCGACCCUCCCGCGGCCCUCCCGCGGCCCUUCCGCCGCCAUGCCCUGCUCCGAAGACAUCGCCGCCGUGUCCCCCAGCAAGCGGGCCCGGCCCUCCGAGGCGCCCCAGCGACUGCGCUUCAUGCGGCUGUCGGAGCACGCCACGGCCCCGACGCGGGGGUCCGCGCUCGCCGCGGGCUUCGACCUGUACAGUGCGUAUGACUAUACAAUACCACCUAUGGAGAAAGCCCUUGUGAAGACAGACAUUCAGAUCGCCCUUCCUUCUGGAUGUUAUGGAAGAGUAGCUCCACGAUCUGGCCUGGCUGCCAAACACUUCAUAGAUGUUGGAGCUGGGGUCAUAGAUGAAGAUUAUAGAGGAAAUGUUGGUGUGGUGCUGUUUAAUUUUGGCAAAGAAAAGUUUGAAGUAAAAAAAGGUGAUCGAAUUGCCCAGCUCAUUUGUGAACGGAUUUAUUACCCAGAAAUAGAAGAAGUUCAAGGAUUGGAGGACACCGAAAGGGGUGCUGGAGGCUUUGGUUCCACUGGGAAGAAUUAAAUAAAAUUUAGGCUAAAAAUGAGAAAACACCCUUUUUUUAAAAAAAAGAUUUUUGGCUAAAAUGUUUUGAUGUUUUUCAUCUGUAAACUUGAAAUUCUUCAUUUGCUUAUGGUAGAGGAAAGCGGGUUCUCUUAGCAUCAUUUAGAAGCUUACUUUCUUAUGGUAUCUGCAGUUGGAGGUUGUAUGUACAUCUGAUUUGUGGUGACCUAAUGCAAAAUUAAAAAUGGUGAAUAUGUGAUACAGGUUUUAAAUAACUAAUUCAAUUCAAUAAACAAUACUUUUAAAAAA